UAGGGCCUGCUGGCAUCUGUAGCUUUUCCCUCAGUUAAAAUGGCUGCGGCUAGUCCUCCUCUCGGACGACCGUGAGCGAAGGGAGGCAGGGUACCGGGAGGCUUUGCCUCCGACCCGUCAGCGAUGGCGCUUCAGCCGCGGUUCUGGAAAUGCCUGUCUGUUUGCAGGAACCUGGAGUGUGGGCUGGCAGCCCUCGCGACCAGUUCCACACCAGCGAUUCAGCACGAUUUGGCGACUAAGGAAAACGAAGCUGUGGCCCCAGAGUUCACCAACCGGAACCCUCGGAAUCUGGAGCUCUUAGGGGUAGCCAGGAAAGAGCGGGGCUGGGCUACAGUGUGGCCCAGCCGUGAAUUCUGGCACAGGUUGCGAGUUAUAAGGACUCAGCAUCACAUAGAGGCAGUGGUUGAGCAUCAGAACGGCCAGGUGGUGGUUUCGGCAUCCACUCGGGAAUGGGCUAUUAAAAAACACCUGUAUAGUACCAGAAAUGUGGUGGCUUGUGAGAGUAUAGGACGAGUGUUGGCACAGCGAUGCUUAGAAGCUGGAAUCAACUUCAUGGUCUACCAGCCAACUCCUUGGGAGGCAUCCUCAGACUCGAUAAAACGUCUACAGAACGCCAUGACAGAGGGUGGUGUGGUGCUUCGGGAGCCUCGGAGGAUCUAUGAAUGAAACAGAAACAUCAACUGCUUUAAAGUGUAAACACAAAACCAUCAGCUCCUCCGGCCACCAGAAGGAAGAAUCUGCUCCUAAACGAAGAAAUAAAGGCAGGCUUUUGGAAGGAGAACCAGACUGAAAGCUUCAUAGUGAUAAUGUAGCAGUUGAGAAUUAUUUAAAGUGAAUCUCUUCCCACUUCUUUGUGUGCUUGUGUGGUUUUGUUGUUUCAAUGAAGGGCAAGCUUGUCCCUUUUUGUGGACAUGAGAGAUAUACUUAAGAAAAGCAAUCACCAGUUAUAACCAUCUGCAGAACAAAUUAAAAUGUUUAUAACAAACUA